CGGGCCGCCCUGCGCCGCACCGGCAGUCCGCUCCCGGCCGGCGCGCGCCCCGCUCGCCUCCAUGGUGGAACACACGCUCGCGGAGUGCGCCCAGGCAGGUGCUAUGCAAACUCUCGCGCCGCAACAGCACUGCGAGGCUGACGACGAUCAGCUCGCCGACGAGUAUGUUCAGAACUUCGAGUUGGACCACCUCGAGGACCAGCCCAACCACCUCGUGAAGCGCGAGCCCCUCCGGACCGGCUGGCACGAGCUGGUCGAGACCCUGCCGGCCUGCGCCCGCGCCUGCCGGCAAUGGCCCGACGUCGGCCCCUACCCGCAGCCGCAUGUCGCCAUCGCCGUCGACCCGAGCACCCCACCCGAGACGCCGCCGGCGCCCAUCGGCCGCAGCCCCUGCCGAGCCGCGCCCGUCGAUGACGUGCUGUGGCUGCCGCACAUGAGGGAGCCCCUCGACAUGCGGACGGUGCCGUGCGGAAACUUCGAGGAGUGGGACCGCCGCGAGUGGCGCGAGCAGGACCACCACAUCCAGCAGGUCGGGCUCCGACCCCCGAGCUCCUGCUCUGCGAUGUCCCCGCGGAUGGGCCACCAGUCGUACCAGCCGUCCUCGUGCGGGGACGACCUCAUCAGCGAUGACCUGCUCAUGACGCUCAGCGUCCGUGAGCUGAACAAGAGGCUGCACGGGUUUCCCCGGGAGGACGUGACGAGGCUUAAGCAGAAGCGGCGGACGCUGAAGAACCGCGGCUACGCGCAGAACUGCCGGAGCAAGCGGCUCCAGCAGCGGCAGGAGCUGGAGCUGGCGAACCGCUCGCUGCAGGACGAGCUGCACCUGCUGCAGCUGCAGGUGGCGCGCGUGACGCACGAGCGCGACGUGCUGAAGCAGCGGCUGGCGCUGGUGGGACGCGAGCACGGGUCGCACGGGUCGCACGGGUCUCACGGGUCGCACGGGUCGCACGGCACGCACGGGUCGCACGCGCCGCACGCACCGCCUACUCCGCACUCCUCGCCCGAGUUCUUCUCGGAGCUGUGACGGCAGGGCGCGGCGCCGCGGUCCGCCGCCGGGGCCGCCAACCCGCCGGCCGCCGCCUGCGCCUGGCAGCGCUACUGAGCCCCGGAGGUCACUCGUGCUUUUGUUAAGUUUGAAAUUCCAUUAUGAUCGGUUCCAGUUUUAUAGUUUCGUAAAGGUGGGACAUUAAGGCGGCGCGACGGCGUUUCCGCCCCGUGUUAAAUGUAUGGUUGUGUCGUACUAUAUUCGUAGCUUCGUUAAAUAUGUAAUAAUAAAGAUUAUACGUAGGUUAAGAUUCGAGCAACUGAUUAUUCAUUAAUUGUAAAUAGUUAAAUAAUAAUAAAAGAAAACACUAUGUAAAGUAUUUCUGUUUUCCUAAUAAAACAUUUGCAAAAUA